AUGAAGUGGUGUGCAGUGAUUUGUCUGUUGUUCGCAUUGGUGGCUUGCGACGAUCUGCCGUAUGCUGAGCCAUGUAACGAACAAACCUGUCAAUUACCAGACUGUAGGUGCUCAUCUACAGUAAUUCCUGGAGGCCUGGAAGCUAGAGACACACCACAGUUCGUUCUCGUCACCUUCGAUGACAACAUAAAUCAUGUAAAUAUUGAAACCUACAGAGAUAUAUUAUACAAUCGUAGAAAUUCGGACAAUUGCCCCUCUGGUUUUACCUUCUACAUUAAUCAUGAAUACAACAAUUAUGUAUUCGUCAAUGAACUUUACAACCAAGGCUUCGAGAUCGCCCUACAUUCAAUCACUCAUCAGGAGCCUAUGUCUUACUGGGAAGAAGCCUCUGUUGAAACUAUGACGAGAGAAUUUGGGGACCAGAUACUACAAAUGUCACACUUCGCAAAUAUUCCCUACGAUAGUAUAGAUGGUAUGCGUAUUCCCUUCCUCCAGCUGGGAGGCAACUCCAGUUAUCAGAUGAUGGCCGAAAAUGGCUUACUUUAUGACCACACUUGGCUUACUAUUACCAACAUCGAACCUGCUAUAUGGCCAUACACUCUUGAACACGCUUCAACUCAAGAUUGUGUUAUAGAACCAUGCCCUACAGCUUCAAUUCCUGGUGUGUGGGUACUCCCUAUGCUUACCUGGAGAGAUUUAAAUGAUAUUCCAUGCCCGAUGGUUGACAACUGCCCAACAGCGCCUGACCUUACUGAUGAAGAAGGCUGGUUCCAGUUCAUUGUAUCUAACUUCGAGAGACAGUACUUGGGCAACCGAGCUCCAUUCGGUUUUUACAUCCACGCGUGGUAUCUCAGCGUCAAUCCAGCUGUGGAGAGAGCACUUGACAGAUUCCUGGAUCUAAUUAAUAAUCUCAAUGACGCAUUUUUGGUCAACAGCCGUGAUGUAAUCGAGUGGGUACAGAAUCCUGUGCCGGUGAACGAGUACAGACAGCAACCAUGCAACACUUUUGUCCCGACUACAUGCGCAGCACAAAGUUGUGGGCCCAUACAAGCUGAACACAAGGAGGACUACGACUAUUGGUUGCAAGGCUGCGCCCCAUGCCCCAGAGUGUAUCCAUGGCUUAACAAUCCUCUCGGCGUAUAAAUGUGUUUU